GAGACGCUGAGCUGGUGCAGCUUUCACACACACAGGAUCACAUCCAGUUCCUGCAGAGGCUUCCAGUCUCUCUCAGCACCUCCUGAAUCUACAGAUGUAAUGGAUGAUCUCUUCAGUUCUCUCGUCUCUUCUGAUGAUCUGAGAGUAUCUGUCCAUCAGCUGAGAGACAAACUGGAGGAUUUCUGCAAAAAGGAGCUCAGGAAGAUCUCAGAUAGAGUCACAUUCACCAACAUUGAUCACUGGACCAGGAAGGACUUCCUACAAUAUUCCUGUCAGCUCACUCUGGAUCUGAACACAGCAUAUAAACUCCUCCGUCUGUCUGAGAGAAAUAGAGUAAUUACUAACACUGGCACAGAUCAGCCGUAUCCUGAUCAUCCAGACAGAUUUGAUGUGUAUUAUCAGGUGUUGUGUAGACAGAGUGUGUGUGGACGCUGUUACUGGGAGCUGCAGUGGAGUGGAGAUUAUGUGUAUAUAUCAGUGUCAUAUAAGAGGAUCAGCAGGAAGGGAUAUGGUAAUAAGUGUUUGUUUGGAUAUAAUGAUCGGUCCUGGAGUUUGUGCUGCUCUUCCUCCAGUUACUCAUUCAGACACAAUAACAUAGAGACUGUUCUCUCUGUGAAGUCCAUCAGCAGUAGAAUAGGAGUGUUUGUGGAUCACAGUGCAGGAACUCUGUCCUUCUACAGCGUCUCUGACACAAUGAGCCUCAUCCACACAGUCCAGACCACAUUCACUCAGCCGCUCUAUCCUGGGUUUUGGGUUGGUUCUGGAUCAUCAGUGAAACUGUGUUGAUGAAUCAGAAUAGACUGAUGAGAGAUUCUACCCAUAAUGCUUUGAGCUGCAUGAUGAAUCAGUAACAGUGAGAUAUUAUGGAGUCUUCGUGACAUUAAUACUGCAGCUGAACUGCUGAGUGACACUGUGUUUCUGUGCUUUUCUCAACCUCUGUUUGUGUUGAUGGAAAUCACUCAUUUAGUUAAUAAUAUAUAUUAUUAAUAUUAUUAUUAAUAAUCAUGAUCAAUAAUUGUUUUUUAUUAAAAAAUACUUUUAAUCAUAUUUUUUCAAUGUGUUAUUUCUGUUCUAUGACUGAUAUAAAUAAAGCUUCUACCCACUUGA